AUGGAAGAGGAGCAUAAGGGAGGUGAAGAAGUAAAGUACAGGGGUGUAAGGAGAAGACCAUGGGGAAAAUAUGGGGCAGAGAUUAGAGAUCCUACAAAGGCAACUGGAAGACAAUGGUUAGGAACGUUUGACACAGCUGAGGAAGCUGCUAGAGCUUAUGAUUGUGCUGCCAUUCGUUUAAGAGGUGCUCUUGCCAUUCUCAAUUUUCCUGAUGAAUACUAUCUUCAUCUUUCUUCUUUAUCGCGCUCGUCGUCAUCGUCGUCUGCUAGUUGUUUUAGAGAGCAAAAGGAAGUAAUUGAGUUUGAGUAUUUGGAUAACAAGGUUUUGGAAGAUCUUCUUGGAUCAUCUAAUGAAGAUAAUGAUGAUUGA